GUCAACGCCUGCCAAGAAUUCUUCUCAACCCAAAACGAUAACCUUACUGCAUACAGGGACCCCUGAGAUCUGGCAUCAACACCGAGCCGACUUCCACAACGCGCGCUCACAGAGAUCACACAUUCUCUCCAUCGAAACCUCCUCUUCCAGCUGGUCACCCCAUUGCUAGAAAGAGGCCACCAAAAACAAACGAAAAACCCCUCAUGGUCGUCUUAACAACCCAUGAAAUGAACCCCUGAACACCGCAGCAACCCAACCAAAACACCACAAACCUCCAAAAAUGGCAACAUCACCAGCACCCCCAAGGCCCAAACCAUCUCUCCUUACCACCUUGUUCUCCCGGCCACUCCCCCUCUACCUCUCCGCCUUCCUCCUCCGUCUCGUCCUCCUCCUCUACGGCCUCUGGCAAGACGCCAACUCGCCGCUCAAGUACACCGACAUCGACUACCUCGUCUUCACCGACGCGGCCCGCUUCGUGUCUCGCGGCGAGUCCCCUUACGCCCGCGAGACGUACCGGUACACGCCUAUCCUGGCCUGGUUGUUGCUGCCCACCACAUGGACGGCAGGCGCGCAAUGGGGUCCUUUGGCGGCCAAGGUGAUCAAUACGGCAUGGUUCAGCUUUGGAAAGGUUCUGUUUGCGGCGGCGGAUUUGGUGGCGGGUUGGCUGAUUGAGCGGGUGUUGGUUAUGGGGACUGAUUUUCCUUCUGUUUCUCAACCUCAAGAAAAGGAGAAGCAGAAUGAAAAGGAGAGGGCGGGAGGAAGCGGCAACGGAACGACAACGGGAACGAGAAUGGACCCCUCCCGCGCCCGCGCCUUCGCAGCCAUCUGGCUGCUCAACCCCAUGGUAGCCACCAUCAGCACGCGCGGCUCAUCCGAGGGUCUUCUGGGUGUUCUCGUCAUGGCUCUUCUCUGGGCCGUCCUCUCGCGGCGCAUCACUCUCGCCGGUCUGCUUCUGGGAUUCAGCGUGCACUUCAAGAUCUACCCGUUCAUCUACGCGCCCGCCAUCGUGUGGUGGAUGGAUCAGGAACGACUUUCCGGAGUUAGAGGAGGAGGAGGCCAGAAGAAGACGUUCUUUCAGAAAAUAACCUCCUUCCUCACCCUCCCCCGCCUCAACCUAGCCAUCACCUCCCUCACCACCUUCCUCUUUCUCAACCUCCUCAUGUACGCCCUCUACGGCCACACCUUCCUGCAGGAAACUUAUCUUCAUCACGUCACGCGCAUCGACCACCGCCACAACUUUAGUCCUUACAACACCCAGCUCUACUUGUCUUCGGCAUCCGCAUCAGUGCCAUCUUCCUCAUCAGGCCUAAAAAUCGAAUCCCUAGCCUUCCUCCCUCAACUCCUCCUCUCCACCAUCCUCAUCCCCCUCUGCCUCGCCAAAAAGGACCUACCCACCUCUCUGCUCGCGCAAACCUUUGCCUUUGUCACCUUCAACAAGGUCUGCACGAGCCAGUACUUCCUCUGGUACAUGGUCUUUUUGCCGCUGUACCUGCCGCGGUCUUCGUUUUUGAGGGGUAAGAGGAUGGGCGUUGCGGCGCUGGGUCUGUGGGUGCUCGGCCAGGGACUGUGGUUGCAGCAGGCCUUCGAGUUGGAGUUUUUGGGACGGAGCACGUUCUUGCCGGGGUUGUGGAUGGCGAGCUUGGGCUUCUUUGUGAUGAAUUGUUGGAUUUUGGGGGUGAUUGUUGGUGAUGGGGGGAGGUGAGGUGUGGGAGGGUUGGUGAGUGGAUGAUGGGAAGACAGAGAAGAGAGUUGGAGGAUUGUAUAUAUACGUCUAUCAGGCUCAUAACUAGUCACGCAG